AUGAGUGGACGUCACGAUCCACCGCGCUCCCCGCUUUUCGGGACCGCGACAUUCUCGACUCUUAGCCCAUCCGACACGUACGACUAUGACAGCCGCAGCUCCACACCCAGACCAUCUGCUCAAGCAAACACCGAGCAGAAUGGACGUUACUCUCGCCGCUCUCCACCGGAAUACGAUGACGACUCUGACGAUGCCUCCUUCGCCGACCAAGCGGAGGUCGAGGCCGCACUCAACAUGAUUGACAAUGAACUCAACAACGCCGAAGAUGUCGUCACUGCCUGGUCCACGCCUAGAGCAGAGGGCGUGCUGCCCGAGCGUGACAGGCGCCAUCUCAGCACCAUCACCGAACGUACCGAGGGAUCCUCGCGUCCACUGUCCGGUGGCCACUCACGUUAUGCAACCGAUCCCGGCGCUACCCCAACACCCGAGCGCGUCCUCGCCAUCCCUCGCUCCCAUACGCCAGACAGAGGAAUCGUCCGAGCCCAUACCCCAGGCAGGCGUGUUGGGGAGCUCGCCGCGUUUUAUGAAGAAAGAUCAACGACACCUGGUCACCGAAGGACGCCCUCUGCGCCCGCGGGCCCUCGCUCCCCCAGUCCAUAUGCGGGAACGUCUACAGGGUAUGGUUAUGGGACUACCACUGGAUACGACAAUUCGACGGGAUUGACUGGACUCACGAGCUCACGAUACACCGCCACUGGUUACGGAACGACCACGGGGUAUAGCACCAGCGGAUAUGGAGGCUCGUCUGGUUACAGCUCACCGACGAAGAGUCGCUCGACAAUCUCUUCAGGAUCGUCUGGAUACGACCCGACAACGCUAUCUUCCCUCCUUUCGCCUCCCCUCCGGACGGACACACCCACAAAUACGCGCACCGACAAUACCAGGACCACGGAGACGUACACAAGCAACACAUUCACAACCUUCAGUGGCACGAAUUCGACGACCGCUACGUCUAGCACCGCCACCCCGACCGCCACCGGCCUUCGCCGCCCACAGACGUCUCCGCGAUCUCCCCUGACAUCUGUCCGGAACAUCGUCGCAGCCUGGAAACAGCGGACACCAUCGUUAGGCACCGGAAAGGGCUUGAAGAAGGAUUCCCCCUCCCCCACUCGGGAUGAAGGAUUGUUCAGUCUUCGCAGGCGAGCAGAGCGGGGUGAGGCGAGGUUGAGAGAGGAGGCUCUUCAAGAGAGAAGGAGCGGCCCAUCUCUGCGCGAGCCCGCAGGAAGGAGCGAGAUGGCCAGUUUCGGUAGCGCGGUCAUUCCACCCGCAUUCGAUAUCAGUGAGCUCGGUGCCUACGCCAAUGCAAGAGGAAGUCAGGAGCCCCUCCGUAUCGGUUUGCUGUGGUACCUGAACGUCCACGGUUCGGAGCCAUAUCGCUGGCAACGAUGUCAGGCUCUUUUGUAUCCACAUAUGCUACUUCUCUCGUGGAUCGCUCCGGCUGGCGGUCGCGGGGUCGUCACCUUGGACCUGCUGAACUGCACAGAGGUUCGCUCUGUGCCAUCGCCAUUGCAUCCCAGCGCGCGGGAUGAUGUAGGGACCAUCGCGGCGAGGGCUCAGAGUGGAGAAACCACUGGACAGAGUGGGGAGAUGGGAUUGAUGGAGAUGUUGUGUCCCUUCCAGCUGUUAUACAGUGAUGGCGUCGAGCGGCUCGGCGCGGAAAGCGCCCGAGAGCGAGUACGCUGGGUCAGCGCGAUUUGGGAGGCUUUGGAUCGUGCGGUCACCAUUCCUGACCGCUCGGUAUCUGGCUCACCGACGGGUUCAAUCCGCACCAUCCGAUCCAUGGCGAGUACGGCCAGCAGGCAGUCCGGUUCACAAGCAGCAUCUGGAUCCGGCUCAGCAUCUACGGUGUUCGUCCCUCCAACGGACACGAUACCCGACCUAUCAGACUUGCAGUCCAUCUCAGGAUCUAGCACGUUUUCGUUGACGCGUAGGUCAUCCCGCGCUCAACAUACUCGCGCCGCAGACGAUGGUGCUCUGUCUAAUCAGAGCUUUGUCUACCCCGGCGAUCCGAGGGUAAUCGGCCCCAGCCGCAGCAGCUCCAUCAGGCGGACGACAUCUCUGACGGACCUUGAUCGGGAGUUCGCCACCGCGACGAGUCGCGGUCCAGGCGGACCCCGCGCUUUUGGCAUCGCUAGAUUUGGCACCCGACUCCCGUCAACUCGGACAACCACCGCGGAAGAUGAUGACGAAGCGUUCUUUAGCACGGGCUCACGCACAAGUGGGACGGACUCCACUUUCUACUCGUUACCUUCAGCGACAGACGUCGUCAGCGAUGCGCCUUCGAGGACUCUGAAGACCGAAGUAUCCCCGUCGACGUUAUCUUUUCGCCGAACUGCCUCAGCUUCAUAUCUGGGUGAUUCACACAGCGGUUCCUCGUCGUCUCGUACGCGCACCAGUCCCUCCCAUGGCAGCUCGGGUUCUCAAACGAGUCUUUCGCGUAUGCAAGCCGUACGGCGUCGUGCGGCUGGAUCGAGCUCGCGCACAUUCACUACGACUUACCUCGGAUCGGAUGAGACGUCAGACAAAGAAAACUCCGGAAGCUAUACAGCCUCCGACUCUCGUUCUACCGGCGCUAGUGACGAAUAUUCGAGCGGUUAUGACAGGUCAUCGUCUGGCCGGGAUUUGAGCAUGAGCACGCUGGAGAGCUAUAGCUCCUACUCCGGGACUUAUUCGAGCACGUACUCGGACUCUUACACGGGAUCCAACACUCGCACCACCAGUUCUGGUGGACCGCCGUCAUACCCAUCGUCUUCUGCACCUAGUGAGCCUGGUGCUCAAGAUCCCGGGCAACCUCCGUCAACCCCUUCCGGCUCAUAUUCCUCUGCGCCAAGCAUUCCAUCUCUUGACGAGUAUGCUACGGCCGAGAAGGCGUCCACGGUAUUCAGUGAAGGUGAUCGUGCCUCUACAAUCUAUUCGAUAGCCGAGAAGGCAUCUACGGAGUUCUCGGUCGCCGAGGCAGCCUCUACCACAUACUCUACUGUUGAACGAGCGCCCACUGAGUACGGGAGCAUUCCUUCGGAGCUCCCCCUGGAUGAAGUGGACAGGGAAAGCGUCAAACUGCCGACCGAAGUACCGACAAUACCGUCUUCACCAGCGAGCGUCCAUCCCGAGAACAUCCCACUUCCUCCUUCGGUCUCCCCAUCAAUUGCCUCCGUCUCUCCGCCUGCCGUAGUCCCGCCAUCACCUACCGAGCCCGUCAGUACGUCGUUGCUUUCAACGGAGUCAAGCCCGACCGAGUCUUCGGUUUCUCCUAGCCCCGUCCGUUCUCCGACUGAACUCACGCCGACACCAAGCACUCCAUCCGUGCUUGAACCGUCUCUACCGAGUCCGUCGAUACGGGAAUCUAUGUGGGCACCGGAGACUGAUGAAUCGUACGAGUCUUCCUUCCUGGGGGCCUCUCCGUCUGUGCAAUCUAUCGCCGUGCCCGAAGGAUUAGAUGCUUCAAUAGAAACCUCGUUCUUAAGGCCAAGCCCGUCCCCUGUAACACCCGGUACACGGCUGAGCACCGUUCCCGAGACGAUCUCAGUAUCUGCAGCAUCGUCACCGAUGCCUCCGUCUCCUCCUUCGCUGUCGCCCACGCCUUCAUCACCGUCAACAAUCACGCCAACGGCGUCGCCGUUGACAAUGACGGUAUCCUCAGUGACACCUACGCAGUCUACACGCUCGCCCACGGUCUCUUCGUUGACUCCGACGGUACCAUCCCUGACUCCAACGGUAUCGUCGCCGUCUCUCCCUCCUCUGCCUUCCCCGUCUCCAGCCACCUUCACGUCGUUGCUGCGCACACCGUCGACACUCUCCACAGCAUCUAGCAUCUCCAUGCGUUCAUCUGUCCUGUAUCCGAAAUCGUUGCUUGAUGUUCCUUUGGAGGAUGUGCCAACGGAACCUUCGCUGCUUAGCACCGGCUCGUCUCGUUCUAGCCCAAGACUGCCUCUCCCUGAAGAUAUACCGCUACCGAGUUCUCCGGCAGCGUCGCUAGUCCCU